AUGCCACCCCCAUCAUCUCCUACUAAUGACAUUUCGCAUGAUUGGGAAAUCUUAAACUCUUCAACAUCAGACAGUUCAUCCGAUAAUGAAAACAUAAGAAGAAAUUCGGAAGAUACCAGAGGUACAAGAUUGCAUGCUCUUAAUUUAUUAUCUGACUUCAUCUUGAGGGCCGGAACCAAUGAAAAUACUUACCGAGAUGACUGGACGAACAGGUACAGUACAGUGAAUGAUGGUGAAUUGCGUAUUAAUGAGAUACCUAUAGAAAUAAGGAAUGUGAAUUUCGAUGGUAGAAGACUGGGUAUAAGUAACUCAGCUGGUGGUGACGACGGUGAUGAUGAUGAUGAGCAUGAUUAUCAAUACAUAGAUGAAGAUAAUGAUGAUGAUGAUGAUGAUGAUGAUGAUGAUGAUGAUGAUGAUGAUGAUGAUGAUGAUGAUGAUGAUAAUAAUAUUGAUCCAGAAAUUAAUGAUAAUGAUACUGACGAGGCUGAUGUUAGGUCUGAUAUAGAAUCUAACGAGAUCUUAUUGUUGUCCUCUGCUCGUCAAAAUUAUACUAACACGAAUACUUUGAUUAGUUCUAAUGGAGAACGAAAUACGGGAGGCAUUCCUUUACGUCGUCAGAAUGCCAUAAGGUUGCGCUCGAGGAACUCACAUGCUGAAAGAAGCGAUCUUUCUUUGAGAAUAAAACUUGCUAAGGAAGCUAAAAUAAUACAUGAAGAUAUUCGAGGGCUACUAAAUGCAGUGCUUUCAAACGCAGAUUGUCCUGGUGUAUCAACCAUCUUCUCACAACAUAGCAUUCUCCAUGAACAUUGUGGGCGGUUAGACAAGGAGCCAAACGAGAACAUUUUUUCAAGUCUAGAUCUAGUUAUGGAUAGGUUCUUAAGCAGAAGAAAAUCUGGACAGCUUUGGUGCCCUAGCAAGUCUUUAUCAGAAGAGAAGGUUCGAACUCUUCAUAAAAGAAAAGGAUCUUUUUCUAGCAAUAGACAAUAUAAAAGGCUUAAAACAAGAGCCUCCAAAGAUAAAGAGAUACCUACUUUUGGUUACAAUACUUCAAAACGGGUACAUAAAGUCAAUUCAAGACCCUUGUCUUAUAGCGAAAAGAAUGGAAUCAUGGAUGUAAUGUUUAGCUCGCUUUUAAAGGAAGGAUCAACAUUCAAUCUACAUAAUCUUGAUGGUACGUCGAAUGAUCUUGAUUUAAUUUUCACGUCCGUUGAUUAUCUGGAAAAAAUGCUCGAAGGCAUGUUUUCUUUAUCAUCAUCAAGUAAUAGCCCUGCUGACCAGUAUUACUUCGUAAGCAAGAAAUUACAGCAAUUAAAACAGUUCUUCAUUGGAACUGAUAUUGCUGCGGAUCGUUCAAUUCGAAACAAACUAUUAUCAAAGAAGAUAAAGCUCUUGGAUUUUUUAAAUAAUGAUCUCACCUUAGAUACAUUCGUUUUCAGCAAGGGUCACAAGGGAUUGGAGCCUUUCACGAUUCCGUUUAGUGGUAAAAUAGUUGAUUUCAAAAAUUCUGAUUUGAGGUUUCUUUCGCCAAUUAAUAUGCCAUCAAACAUAAGAAUAAGAUCUCUCCAUUUAGCGAGAACAAAGUCGGCCAGGGUUAGGCUUCAAUUGUCAGAAUGGAUGCGAAUUCAGCCAUUUAAACUGUUUAGAGAGACUUAUUUCAUUCAAAGAUUGUAUAAGCUCGAAGACAAUUUAAAAUCCCUAACAAAGUCAAACUUAGCUCAUAGCUUGACUCAGGAGCAUCUUGAAAUGGCAAAGGGGCUAAAAUUAAAUGCCUUUGACUUGACUAAAGAUUUUCAUUUCAUCAAGAACAGAAAGUUCCCUAUACCAUUUAUCGAAAAUGAGCAAAUAAAGAGGGAAUUCGCCGUCAGUGGUUUUAAAUCAAAUUUUUUCCUCCAAGAUUGGCAAAGAGCUCUUAGCGAUAAGUUGACUGAGUUUGUUACUUGUCAAGAUAAUUGCUUGCUAAAUGUGCAACUCAACUAUAUUUUAUUUACUUUGACUGUCGACUUGAACACCUUGGCCGACAGACUUAUCAAAUAUGUUUUGAAAUUUUGUUCACAAAAAUUGGUUGAAAAGUAUGAAAGCAUCAUGAAUAAUUACUCUAAUAAGGGAACAGGCGAAGAGUCGGAGAGAGCGAUCAUGUUAUGCUCAUUAAACAGAAAAUCCGGAAAGAUUGAAGUGCAAAAUACAAGGGCGUUUCUCAAUUAUAAGAAUAUUUAUCAAUCCGAUUUGCACGUAACCAGAAGUUCUCAUAAUCAAUCAAGUUUAUUCCCAGGAACAAACCAAGGAUCAGAUCACAGCCAAACAAUUGACUUCGAAGGCUUAUUUUCGUCCGAUGAUAGCGAUACUGACGAUGGCUUAAAUUUACAUACUAGAUGCGAGAAUCCAUACAACGCAGAUAUAGUUACCACCUUAGAAGGCUCUAUUAAAAGAAAUGCAGAAAAUUCAUCGCUUGGGGGAGGAAAUCCUAGCUAUUCUCUAGUAUAG